AAUCCGAGUUCAAGGCCCCUCUUUGAGGCGAAGUCCAUAGGAGGGCUUUGGAGGACGAGGAGAUCGCCAUUAUAGGCGUGAAUGGUCCCUCCUAUCGGGGGAGCACAUCAUCCGCAUCCAUACAGCACAUUGCAACUUGCGCUCUGAGUUCUUGAACUAUAAGAUGGUUUACGAGCCUCUGCUACGGACUAGAAGUGGCAGACAGAGCGCUCUUGGACAACAUGAUAUGCAGGCGACAGUCAAGAAGCUCGACAAUGGAAGGAUCAAAACAACUCAAAAGGGACUGGUAUGCGCCCAUCGCCAGUGUGGCUGGCAAAUCGGGGCGAGGGUUCAAAGAUGGUAAACUUCAAAUGAGCGAAGAGGAAUGGGAAGGGUUUAUCUCGAACAAUAAAAGAUACAAAAAGCUUAAAGAGCAGCCCUUCCACCAUUUCGACGCCAUGAAGUACAUCCUUGAUAAUCAUAUCGCUACCGGGAACCUCGCCGGCCCCAUUCACUCUCGACUUUCCAAUCGCUCAGUCUCCCCUGACGCUCCCUCUUCUGUCCCACAUUCGUCUUUCCUCCAGCUCAACAAGGGAGCGUCAGGGGAGGCUGAGCGAUUGGAAAAGGGGGCCGGCGACGUUCUCAAGCGAUAUGAUUCUCGAGGAUGUACUUCAUGGCGUCGAAAUGGUGGAAGGGCUGCUCUUUGAGCUGUUGGUAUCUUUUAUUGGCCAAUAACCUCAGCAGAAUGCCUGAUCGAGUCGCCCAUGUGCAGUGUCCACAACCCCAUGGCAAGUAUUGCCUCCGCCAAGACAUGUUUGCUUCCCAACUGGAUGCCUCUACCUUCCAUGUAAUCUCUGAUGCUCAAGAACUCCUGGAGGCCACCCAGCUCCCAACACUCUGCGGAUCGGUAUGGCUAUCAAAUGGGAGAUGAAAAGUCUCAUGUCAUGCCUUGAGCUCGCCCUUGCAGUAUCCCUCUAAACUCCGCCCUCUCCCGUUUUUCCAAAUGUGUC